GGUGGUGGUGCCGGCGAGGUGUACAUAACAUGGUGCCCCAGCUGCCCCCCACUCACUCACACGCUGGAUUUAGAAUAGUCAACACACAGACACACAUACGGACGACCGAAUUGUGGAAGUUAGUCGCAGUUGUGAGUAUAUACGUACCCACGGACGCUUGAGUAUCUGCCUGAGAACACCACGACCACCAACCCCGUUAAAGUUUUGUUCCUUGACGUCAAGCUGGGCGUGUUAAGGCGAGUUGAGGAACUACAAAAUUAAACAAAAUAGGCUGACGUGGUCCAGCUGAAUUAUGAUAGCCCACAUGACAAGCUUGACGUGGACGCUGGUGUUGGCCCUCUCCUGCACCUCCACACCUGCUCUCUCCCGUUCAGUCGAUUCGGCAGCGACGGGGGACGUGGAGAAAGUCGGGUCGUCGGAGCUGGCCAGUCUUGAGGCUCAGCUCUCCUCCUCCCGCAUUGUCUUCCCUGGCAGAGUUACGAGUCGACACCUCCACCAGCCGGGCAUGAUCGCUUCGUCGAGCCGCUAUCCGUCCUGGCCAAUACGUCACUAUGACACUGAACUAGACCCUCUACUAGCAAGUGAAUCUAGAGAAGAGAGAAGAGAGUCGGGUGUGGGUGCUCGCCGCCAACGCCACUUGCCUCUGGUACAAGCGAGACACCAGAUGAACAACCCGUGGCGUCAGGCCCGGGAGAGAGGUUACAUGCCCAGGGGUCGGCCUCUCUCACACUCCUCACUCUGGUACUGGGACUAACUAACUGACUGACUAACUGAUUGACUAACUGUCUGACUAACUGAUUGACUGACUGACUGACCAACCUGACUGUGUCUUAAAGUCCGGGAUUUGUUAUGAUUAUUAGUACAUAAGCAACCCCUUCUGUGUUCCUAGCAUGACUUAACUAGGACGGGUUUGUAGUAUAUUAAAGCUGACUGACACUGAUGGAGUCUACAGUUUAAACAUACUGUACAUAUGUGGCCGGUUUAGUCAAUUAUUUAAUACACAUUUAAGUAUGUAUGUUCCAGGCCAGUAAUUAUUUUUAUAAAGUCUAACAAGUGUAAAUUAGGGUGCAUUAUUCUACUGCCGCGAGUCACAAUGAUUUUUAUGCGAAUUUCAUUUUUCUCGUGGCAGGCGAUGAAGGACACGUUCACCUGUCUAAAGAUAUACUGUAAUUCAAAGAUGACGGACAAAAUGGCGCCUGAUUACACUAAGACUUCCGUAACAAAAUGUGUUGUUAUCCUCAGUUAGUAUAAGGCAGAAUAUUCACCUAUUAAUGUGCAACCUGUAAAAUAUGUGAUGCAGUAUUAGUACAGUACUCUGUUAUGUAUCCUCCUACUCUAAAAUACUCAUCUCACAUGUAAAUAUAUACAUACACACGUACACACAUUAAAAUGAAUAUGUUAAAUACAUUACUAUUAUACUGUAUGGGGUGUAGCCUUCUGUGGAGUGUGGGAUGCUAAUCUAAUACAAACACAACAUGGACGAACCAGUGGACUGAGUCAUCUGAACGACCAGAGUAUAAUAAAGAACGUUUCCUCACUUUCAGUUGUUACGUAAUAUUUUUCUUUGCAUGUAGGACCACGGGUUGAGUAGAGUAUUGUUUGAACUAUAUAUAAGACGUCAACAACUAUUUAUCUAUUUAUAUCUCAUAUACUAUUACCCUGUUAUGCCAAAUGUAGUUAAUAAAUAAAUACCUGAUAUAUAAAAUGCCAAGUGUUCAUUUAUCU